AAUACAGAAAAUGUAUCACCUUCUUUAUGCCAAAGUAUAAAAUAUCGAAGCAAUUAAUUAAUCAUGAAAGGGGUUUAAAACGAAUUAUUGUGUAAAGUGGUAUGAUUUGGUUCGUCGGUAAAACAACACCAAAGAGCAGGGCAGAACUGCCACUUGGUUAUGAAUCAUUCACUGUUAAUCUAUCCCUCAUAUCAUUACAAAUGUAGGGGGUAAUAUAAUAACGGCUGUUUGGAUCUGGUUAAUCAUUGCUAGCGUGUGCGGUGCGUCCAGUCCCGUCUGUGUACGACUCUCUGUGUGAGAAGACACAGUUUUCAAAACGUCCAGACAUGAAGUACAUGCUGUCGCUGUGGCUGUCGGUGUUGUACGUCGUGUGCUGCCACCUCGAGGUGACGUCGGGGUCAGAUGUGUUCCUCGUGAAGGUUGUGUCGUCGAAGAUAGUCUGUGACCGGCUGUGUGUCUACACCACACGGUGCCAGGCGUAUCGUUGGAUUGCUGCUAACAGAACUUGUGAACUUUCGACACAACCUGCAUCUACCGACACCAACUUCACAAGUGUUAAGCCUCACAAUGGACAAUGUGGACAGCACAGUUGCGCCCAGACGGAGACAUGUGUUCCUGUUCAAGCUGCAACCUCCCACAUCUGUCUUCAGACGACGGUACCGACUUCAUCUUCUCCUACAAAUGCUGCUUUAUACACGACAACUACAACUUCUGUACCUGAUGUGAUAACAAGCUCCCACACAUCUCCAAGCGUAGCCUCUACUUCCAUUUCGUCAUCUACAACCACCACACCUAUCCCACGUCCCACGGCAACAUUGACAACAACGACUGCAUCUCCCACUACAACUGCUACUACAUACACGACAACUACAACUUCUGUACCUGAUGUGACAACAAGCUCCCACACAUCUCAAAGCGUAAGCUCUACUUCCAUUUCGUCAUCUACAACAACCACACCUACCCCAAGUCCCACGGCAACAUUGACAACAACGACUGCAUCACCCACUACAACUGCUACUACAUACACGACAACUACAACUUCUGUACCUGAUGUGACAACAAGCUCCCACACAUCUCCAAGCAUAACCUCUACUUCCAUUUCGUCAUCUACAACCACCACACCUACCCCACGUCCCACGGCAACAUUGACAACAACGACUGCAUCUCCCACUACAACUGCUACUACGUCUACGUCAACCACAAUGUAUUUGUCUGCUGUGACUCCCCUAACCUCAACUACAGCAUUAACUUCAGCUACAACUCUCACAACAACUACAACUGCUAGUUUCAUCACAACCCCGUCGACUGCCACAACCCCAACGACUACUGCCACAACUUCUGCCACAACUACAACAACAGCAACAACAACCAGUACCACCACACCCACAACAUCGACAACACCAGGUCCUGUGUACAUGGGCUGCUACGACGAUAAAAAGGGUCGUGUCCUUCGCCCUGAAUACAUUAAUGACAACACCGCUAUGACGAUUGACAUGUGUCGAAAUCACUGCACCCAGAGGGAAUACUCCUUCUAUGGACUUGAGGCUGGAAGGGAAUGUUUCUGCGGCAACGAGAUCAAGGGUGGCUACGAGAAGGUGUCCGACGACAAGUGCAACCAACGCUGCAAGGGGGACAACACCAAGACGUGUGGAGGACCGUGGAAGAUGGCCAUAUAUCAGGUUGUUUGACGGACCUAUCUAGGUGCCUUACAAAUAAAGGAGUGUUUUAUGGUAGCCAUGGUGUGAUCCACAUACGAAAACAAUAAUAUCUAAUCUUGGAAAAACGUUGUUCUCCCACCAUGGACUCCAUUGUACUCUGUUACACUCUGACAUUGUUCCGUGUGAAGA